AUGGGCCAGCUAGAAGCUAAAGCAGUGUUGGCUUCAGAAUCUGCCGCAGUAGAGUUGGAAGUUGGAACAACAGUUGACACCAGGGAUAAGUGGAUUGCCGUAUUUGCGUCCAGUGGUUACGUAAUGGGCACCAUCAGAAAAUACAUGAAUGACUCAUUCAGACAAGAUUCCUCACCCCCGGCUGGGGUGCUGGCGAAACAAGUGUACUCCAGUGGCGAGUUGAAUUACACUAACUAA